GGACCUCUGAGGCCACUACUAGCAGAAAUCCAGUCGACUUUCCUCCCAUUUCGAGCCAUCAAAAUCACCUCGAUCUUUAUUCUGCUUCUAGUGGAGUUGAAGAGACCUGUGAGCCGUAAUUGUAGAAAUAUUGAUGAGUUUAUGUCUGGGCUUGGAACUAUGAUGAAAAGUGCGCAGAGCCAGGCUGAAGGACAGGCUCACUGCCUGUUCUCAAUCCCGAAUUAUCACCGUCAGAUGCAUGUUGUCUUAAUUGCAGCAGUCGGCGAAUGGUGGUCAUUUCGGUUUGUUCCACGAUCAAUAUUUGGUGGAAAGACCUUCGAUGGAAAAAAGUAUGUAUCACAUGUAAAUGCCCAGUUAGAAGGGGAAGAAAGAAACAACCCCAUCGAGGAAGACGCUGCCAGAUUAAUGGAUCCAAAUCUGAUACAAGAUAUGAAAAACUUCAUGGCUCAUGCUGGCGAGACACCGGCACAGAUAAAGGAUCGUCAUGAUGCAGAACGAGAUGCUAGGCAGAAACGAAGGGCCGAGCGAAACAUGAUCCGACAGCACAAUGAAGACCAGCUUCAGAAAUUCAUUGACAAAAUCCAGGAGAAACAACAUGAGCCUGGAGCCAUUCCUGAUCGCACCAUCAAUGAGUAUUCUCGGCGAAGAUCAGCCUGUGACGAGGAAUGGAAUUUUAGUUGGUCAUUCCGGAAUGAAUUUAUGGAGUCUGAGUCUGGCUAUCAAGUUGCACUCGAAGACCGUGCGGACUGGUCUGGUGUCAUGCGCCUUGGCUCCGAAACUUCAAAAUAUUACUUGGAUCAGAUUCAAAAUUAUUUGAAUCAAAUUUCCAAGAAUCACGAGUGUAAGCUCAUCACUGACAGCUUGAAAUUUAUUCCAUAACAUUCAAGUUUCCAAGUUUCCAUUUGUUUUUUCUAUUUGAACAAGUCCUUCCAUUUUACAUUUUAUGAUUGUCAUUUUUCGUUACCAGCACAGCACCUUAGACGAUUUGAUUUCUGCGCUGAUUGUACUCAUAUGGGAAAUUCCUAUUACCAGCAUUGCGUGUUCUACCCAGUUAAACUUUGAAUGUGAUUUCAUUAU